AAUUUAAUUAUUUAGAACCAAUUGCUACAUGAAUUACAGAUGACAUAUUUUAAAGACAGAGAAAGCAUGGCUAACGUCCACCUCUGCAAGGUAUAAUCUUAUAUUUAGAUGCAAGUGCAGUCUCACUGGAUUUAACAGGUCAAAAUGCUGCAAAAAUGACAUUCUGCAAAAUUAAAAGUAAAUUCUUACAUUUGAUAAUCCCAUACAUGCUAAAAGUCCCUCUGUGCUCUUGCACUGGCUGAAAUAGAAAAAACUGCAUUAAAUUACCGUUUCAGUAAUUGUACUGAGUUAUCUGAGUUCAUUACAAAACUGCAACAAUUUGUAAGAAUAAUAAAAGGCAGUCUGAUUAAAGAUAAUUCAAGAGUCACCUGCUGAGCACCUGAAUCAACUGGCUAAAACAGUAUUAAUGUUGAUGCAUUUACCUUACUAUGAAAUUCUUUAAAGGCAGCAGUAUCCCUUGAUAAUGAAAAAAAAAGCAAAAGAAAUAAAAGAAGUAAUUAGGUUUGUGUGACCUUCAAGUACUAUAAAAAUAUUCAGAAAAGAUGGAAAGUGAAUUAAGUGAAGAAAUAUUUUUACCAGGUAUUUUUGGACCACAUCCAAUAUUUUCAAUAUGUAUAAUAAAAAUAAAAAUUACUCUUAGUAAAAAAAAAAAAAAAAACAAAACAAAAACCCAUCCCUUAAUGCCCCCAAGCUAGAGGAAGGGUAUGCAGCAAUUCUAGAUAUUUCUUAAGCUACAUCCCUAUGAAUGAAGACAUCUCCAGCCUUGAAAAGCUUCAUUACUGUUUUAGAGCUGUCAUCAAUCCAGUGUCCUUAUGUGCGACAUCCUACACAUCCCAGAUUACAAAAGAAAGUUUUAAACUGGAGCAGACUUGCAUUUCCAUUGGUGGUGUUGCUGGAGAAGCAAAAGAAAGUGCAGAAACUUAGUCAAAUUGUAUAAAAGUAAAACCAGCAAAGUAUGCAUCCUCCUAAUAUGUAAUUGUAUUAUCUGUAUAGAGUCAUAGUAUUUUCCUUGUCCCAUUAAUGUGGAACACUAUCAAAAGGUCUUGGAAAUACGCAUGGAUACAGUAGAGGUGGCAUUCCAGUUAGGGUAUAUAACUGGACAUUGCUGGGGUGGUUAGAGGGGUCUGGUGGGUUAAAACCCUGCCAGAUAGUAUGGAAAAGGUAAUUUACACAUGUGGUUCAUACAGUUAGUUUCCAUGCCCACCAUCUCAGCAGCUAUACUGCAAUCAUUUGGUAUGGUCUCAAAAGCAUUUUUAUUGCUGUAUAGAUACCCUUGAAUGAUCUUAUAUUACCCUAUAUUACCCUGGUGUUAUCUCUGUUUUUAUUAAAGUGACUCUGCCUUCACUGAAUGACACAUUUCAGUCUGAUAUUGAGCUCUGCAAUGCUUGUUUGUUGGGUUUUUUUGGUCACUGGACAAGGCUUUUUCCUUUGCUACUUUCUUAAAAACUCUAGGUGUUGUGCAGAAUAUGCUUUGAGAAUGGAAUUUCCUAGGCUUUUUUUUAUGUCAGUUUUGUUUCCUUUUAUCUUCUGUCUUUCUAUAUUUUUGACCUUAUUAUGAGUUCAGAAUUCUCAGUUAUUUUAACAGGAGCUUGGCAUUAGUAGGGGCAAUAGGGCAACAGCCAAAGCAGCUUUCUAGUAUCUUUUAUUGUAGUCUGUAAGUGUUGCAUCUCCCUUGCAUGUUGCUGUGUGAGCUUUUCAAAUGACCAGCGGAUCCACGUCACUUCAAAUAUUUCAUAGUGGUUUUUAUCCUCCUAAAAAUCUAUUUUUUCCUGUGGCUGUUGUGUUUCCAGUCCUGUUGUUAAUACAGUUUAGCUCAAUACUGCUUGGUAGUAUUUAUCUUGUUCUUGCAAUUAGAGAGGUUAGGAAAAAAAGUCUGUUUUCUGAAUAUCUCCAUUAAUCAUAAUUAUCAAGUGAGAUCUGCAGUAACUGUUUCUCUCUUACUUUAUGUUAAAGUGUGCAUGCACAUGCAUGCAACAUACUCAUGUAAAAUAAACCUUUUUGGCAUAGCAGAUAAAGACCUUAAGACAAUCAGGAAAAGCUGCUCCAACCAGUAUAUAAUGAAAAGGUAGGAAAAAACCCAAAGUUUUAUCCCAAACAGAUAAUGUUUCUUUCACAGGCGUUGACUGUUGCCAUGUUAGCAUGAUUAAGCAGUUCUGAGCUGCCACACUAAUUUAUGUGUGGUAUGAAAUAAUGUAACAAUUAAGUUUGCAUGAAGAAGAUUUUUUUUCUGAAAACAAAUACAUUCAUUCUUUAAAAUGAACUUCAAAAUUAUUUAGCAAUGGAAGACAGAACAAAUAGAUAAUUUCUGUUCCUUCUCAUUAAUCAUGCCACAGAAGGGAAGGUUUAUUUAGCUCUGAAAAUGCAAACCCCCCACAAUUCUUAGUUUAUACCUUGAAAUUGUGAUAAAAUAUCCCAGACUGCACAAUGAGACUGAAGUGAAAACCUGGCUUAUCAGUUUUCUAGCAAGCUGUGUGAUGAGUAUGACCUCUUGUGUUAGACAUGGGAAUAUUCAUUUUUUUUAUUCACACAAUGAAACAACCAAGACAGUAGACUAAAUAUAUAAAAGCUUGUAACAGCACUGUCCUUGCAUUUCAAGAAAUAAACAGGAUAGCAGAAGCAGAGGUACAACACUGGGACUUAUGACUUCUAUAUAUGAAUUAGAAAAAUAAAUGCAAUAAUAUCCACACAUAGCAUAAAGAUAUCAGAUAUUUUAGUAUAACAAGACCUUAGAAAGAUUUUUUCCUUCUUCUUCACAAUUCUAAUAUAAGCUUCCAUGAUCAGAGUAGAUGAAGUUACAGGACAGAGCCUUGGUGACUUUUAAAUAAAACAUGGAGAUUUACAAAUUUCUUAAAAGGCUUUUCAAGGUAAACUAGGUCAUAAGAAUUGAUAUCCUGGUAAAAUGAAAGCUUAAAAGAAAGUACCUUUAAGCAAAAUUAAGGACGUAGCAUGAACAGAAAAGGAAAGAUGGAACCUUGCCUAUCUAAUUUUUAACUAGUUCACAAAACACGUAUUUUGAAAGCAUGCUUCAGCGAGACUGAAGCAGAAUAGUAGAAUAAUAGAAUUACAGAAUAGUAGAAGUCCAGGUUCCCUGGGAUUUUAAUUUCAAAGAUUCCUGAGAUUCAUGUGUUUCAAAAAGCAGAUAAAAUGGGACAAGUAAGAUAGAAUUACAGCACUGUGUUUUUUCAAAGAAAAUGGAAUAUAUGAAGCUGUGCUAAACAGCCUGUUCAUUCUUAAGAAUAAAAGCACCUUUUAUCUUGGCCAUUGGUGUUCAGGGAAAUUAGUGCAAUAUUGAGCAUCCAGAUACACUUCUGUGUAACUUAAAAACGAAAGUAUUUUAUCAUUUGUUUAAUGAAGUGUGUGUGGAUUUUUAUUCAAAACUUAGUUGUAAGACAAAUUUUUAUUCAUCACAAGACAUUAUGAUUUUGUGUAUCAUAUGUACUCCCACUUACGAGUGCUUUUUCAAAUAACAUGCUAUGCAAACAUAACUAAAUUUUCAUCUGUCUCUAAAUAAUUUAUCUAUAUUGUAACCCAUACUAUUUACUACAUUAGCGAGGGUUGUUUCAUUGUGUGGGUGAUAUGUGUGCUUGCUUUAAAAGCUACAUCUUGAUUAGGAAUUAACUUUAAAAUUUUAUAACGCAGCAUAUUUAUAAACGUUGCUAAUGACAGUGCCUCAGUCAUCUUUCUAACCUAUAACUCAUCUAAGGAUUUCAAAGGAAAUUGAAUGUCACAGGAGACACAGAAAUCACAAGGAUGCAGGCUUUUAUCCUAGAAAGGCUUAGUGGAUUUUGUCUUUAACAUUGCCGACAAACUAAAGAUGUAAGGAAAUCUUCCAUGGUAUCAAAUAUUGACUGGGAAAAAAAAAAAAAAAAAGAAGAAGAAACCUCCUUUUAUAGUCUUGCCUAGUUGACAGUUGACAGGAAUGACACGGCUGUAACAAGGUAAAGCACUUCUCAAUUUCAUAAUUCUUUCCUUAAAUAAUCUUUCCUUAAAUAAAUGCAGAAAGCAGACUUUACCUGAUGCAGACAUGGCUCUGCCUAACGGAGCUGCCAGAGCAGACUACUCAGUGGGGGCUUGAGAGGCAAAGAAAGGGGAAAAGGUAAAAUGGCAGCAGACAACCAACUUCAGGACUAUGCAGGCAGUGCAUGGCAGGGAGCCGGAGGCAGAGGGGAGCUAUUCAGUGACACCGGUCCCGUUUCACGGUACAGCUCCUGCCGACCCGGCGGAGCAGGUCUCCAGUCCCCGAACCACCCCCGGCUGCCGCUGGCCUCACGCCCCGGCUGCGCCUCUCUCUCCUCCGGCUGAGGGAAGAAGGAGCAGCCGGCAGAAGCCGUGCGGCCCCCCACCCGUACUUCGUGACAAGCCCGGGAUGUGCCGGAGAGGGCUCCCCGCUCCCCGGGGAGGGCUCCCCGCUCCCCGCCGCGGCCCCUUCCAGCUCUCUGCGGCCCGGGGCGGCGGGCGGGUAGCGAGCCCGACGCUGUGUUUUGCAGGGCGGCGGCGGCGCUGCUGGACAGCUCCGGAGCGCGACGCGGCGCCCAUGUUCCGGAGACGGCGCAGAUGUGACGUGAUGCCCGUUGUUUUGGUGCGCCCGACCAAUCGGACGCGGCGGCUGGAUUCUACGGGAGCCGGGAUGGGCCCGUCGUGGCGGCAGCAGGACGCUCCCCUGCCGACCGUCACGCAUUGCGCAGGGUGCACCACCGCCCGGUCCUCCUGCGGCUUUAACGGCCCCGGCAUGGACCCGCCGCGCCACUUCCCGGCGGGCUUCGGCCCCGAGCAGCAGCAGCAGCAGCACCAGCAACAGCAACAGCAGCAGCAGCGCCCGCCGGCGCCGCCGCACUGCCAGCAGCACGGCCAGGACAAGCAGAGCCUCCUCCAGCAGCAGCAGCCGCAGCAGCAGCAGCAGAGCCCGUGCCUCCAGUGCAACAACUGCGCCUACUACGGGGCUGCUGCGGCAGCCGCGGGGGAUAACCUGCCCCUGCUGCUCCGCGCCUCCUCGCCGCUUUCGGGCGCCUUUCGGACGCACUCCUCGCCGCUGUCUUCCGCCGCCUCCUCCCGGCACGGCAGCCAGCUGAACGUCAGCGAGUUCACCCCGUCCAGCCAUGCUGGCGCGUCCAGACAGCCUCACCAAUAUUCCCAGUACCACCAGUGCCAUAGCCUGCAGCAGCAGCAGGCAGCCAGCCCCAGCAGCAGUGUCAGCAGCAGCAGCACUCACCAUCAUCAUCACCAUCACCAUCACCACCACCAUCACCAGCAGCAGCAGCGCCGGGAGAGCAACCCCUUCACCGAAAUAGCCAUGAGCAGCUGCAGGUACAACGGCGGCGUCAUGCGGCCGCUCAGCAACCUGAGCUCGUCCCGCAGGAACCUGCACGACCUGGACUCCGAGUCGCAGCCGCUCCAGGCGCCGCUCGCCAGCCCCGCCGCCGCCGCCGCCGCCGCCGCCGCCGGCGGCUCUGCCCCCGCCGCCGGCAGCCCCGCCGCCCCGGAGAUCGUGGUCUCCAAGCCCGAACACAACAACUCCAACAACCUGGCGCUGUACAGCUCCGCCGGACCCGGCCCCGGCCCCGGCACGGGAAGCUCCAACAACGGCGGGGGCAAGUCCAGCAAGAAGAAGAACCAGAACAUCGGCUACAAGCUGGGACACCGCCGGGCUCUCUUCGAGAAGCGUAAACGCCUCAGCGACUACGCGCUCAUCUUCGGCAUGUUCGGCAUCGUCGUCAUGGUCAUCGAGACCGAACUCUCCUGGGGCGCCUACACCAAGGAGUCUCUGUAUUCCCUCGCUCUGAAAUGCCUUAUUAGCCUCUCCACGAUUAUCCUGCUCGGGCUCAUCAUCGUGUACCACGCAAGAGAAAUCCAGUUGUUCAUGGUGGACAAUGGAGCAGAUGACUGGAGAAUAGCCAUGACUUAUGAGCGUAUUUUCUUUAUCUGCUUGGAAAUACUGGUGUGUGCUAUACAUCCCAUACCUGGGAAUUACACAUUCACAUGGACAGCCCGGCUCGCCUUUUCUUACGCUCCAUCCACAACAACAGCUGAUGUGGAUAUUAUUUUAUCUAUACCAAUGUUCUUAAGACUUUAUCUUAUUGCCAGAGUUAUGCUUUUACAUAGCAAACUUUUCACUGAUGCCUCAUCUAGAAGCAUUGGAGCAUUAAAUAAGAUAAACUUCAAUACCCGUUUUGUUAUGAAGACUCUAAUGACAAUAUGUCCAGGAACUGUACUGUUGGUUUUUAGUAUCUCAUUAUGGAUAAUUGCUGCAUGGACUGUCCGAGCUUGUGAAAGAUACCAUGACCAACAGGAUGUUACUAGCAAUUUCCUUGGAGCAAUGUGGUUGAUUUCAAUAACUUUUCUAUCCAUUGGAUAUGGGGAUAUGGUACCAAAUACAUACUGUGGAAAAGGGGUCUGUUUACUUACUGGAAUCAUGGGUGCUGGGUGCACUGCACUGGUGGUAGCUGUGGUGGCAAGGAAGUUAGAACUUACCAAAGCUGAAAAACAUGUGCAUAAUUUCAUGAUGGACACCCAGCUAACUAAAAGAGUGAAAAAUGCAGCGGCCAAUGUACUCAGGGAAACAUGGUUAAUUUAUAAAAACACAAAACUGGUUAAAAAAAUAGACCAUGCAAAAGUAAGGAAACAUCAACGCAAAUUCUUGCAAGCUAUUCAUCAAGCUCGGAAAUUAAGAAGUGUAAAAAUGGAACAAAGGAAACUGAAUGAUCAAGCCAACACUUUGGUGGACCUGGCAAAGACUCAAAACAUCAUGUAUGACAUGAUUUCUGACUUAAAUGAAAGAAGUGAAGAUUUUGAGAAGAGAAUUGUUACUCUGGAAACUAAACUGGAAACUUUAAUUGGUAGCAUUCAAGCUCUUCCUGGACUGAUUAGCCAGACAAUCAGCCAGCAACAGAGGGAAUUCCUCGAGGCUCAGAUACAAAAUUACGAUAAGCAUGUUGCCUACAGUGCUGAACGAUCACGAUCUUUGUCAAGAAGAAGGAGAUCAUCCUCCACAGCACCACCAACUUCAUCAGAGAGUAGCUAGAAGAGAAUAAGUUAACCGCAAAAUAAAGACUUUUUUGCCAUCAUAUGGUCAAUAUUUUAGCUUUUAUUGUAAAGCCCUAUGGUUCUAGCCAGCGUUAUCUGGGUUCUGAUGUCAGAAUCUUGGAAACCUGAACACAUUUUAGGCCAAAAUGAGUGAAAACUCUUUUUUUUUUCCCCCCUCCUCCUCUCAGAUGCACAGUGAAUGCACCUACUAUUGCUAUAUUAGAUUGUUCUUCCUGUAAUUUCACUUUUUAUUCAUGCACUUCAAACAAGCUUUACUACUACAAUACAUAAUCUAAUAUAAUACAAAUGUUAAUUUCUGCACAUAGUUACUUGAUUACUUUGUCCUAACUACCAAAAAAAGAUCAAUCAAAAGACCUAAUUAUGAACUUUUAAGAAACUAAACCGAAGCUUAAUUUCUAAGUAUGAAAGCUAACUGUCUAAACUUUGCUUGCAGUGGAGGGGGAAAAAAUCAAUAUUGUUCAAACAGUGUGCUAUAUAUGUAUAGUCAUUUUAAAAGGUCAUGAACGGCUUCAGUUUCUGAAGUGAUCAAUUAAAAAUAUAGUUUAUCCUAGAAAAUAAGUCUCAGAUUAAGCUAUGGGUUUUUUAAAUAUUGUUAGAGCUUUUAUUUAACAUGCAUUGGUACACGCACACACACACAUAGAUAAUAUAUAUAUUUACAUAUGUAUUUAUGUAUAUUAAAUUAUUUAUGCAAUGCCCAUAGCAAUGAUCUUUUAAACUGACUAUUCGUAAAGCUACUGGCAUGCAAAAAGCCCAGGCAAAGUCCUGUUUACUUAUUCAGAGUCUCAUAACAAUGCCAGGUAUGUUUGUCCAGAUCAAAAGCAUCACUUUCACCCAGAAGUCUUCUAAUAAUGCAAUUUGGGUUUUGAAAGUGUUAGGUUGCUACUUUCUCCACUCCUUUCUUUGUGUUUCUGGAGUGAAUGACUGACACGCAGACUUACAGUACACACGAUUGUGUGGUGGCAGCACAGUGUUCUGUAUACGUUAUGUUUGGGCAAUCCCUAUGGUUCCUGCUAUGCAGUAAAGCUUAGCAAAACACUUCUAGCAAUAUUUCCAAAAUCUCCUGUAAAAAGCCAGCUGUAGACUGGAGUUACAACAGAAGGGUAUCUAUAGUACUUUAUUUUCAUGCAUGAAAAUAAGGUCUACCUUAUUAAACAAAAAAAAAACCAACUGAAAACCAAACAAUCACAAAGCUUGGUCACCAGUAGGCACUGGUGAAAAGGUUUUAAAUGACAUUUCUCCUAGUUUAUGCUCCAGAAUAGCAAAACUAGGUAAGUUUAAAUGCUAAGUACAUGCAACUUAACAAUUCCUGGUUAUAAAGAGGAAAUGAUUUGACUUUAUGAGACUUUUUUAGUACUUGCUUAUUUACAAAAUGUGCCAGUCCAGUCUGCCUCUCCCCCAGUUUAUAGCCAAGGGUGACAUCUGUAGCUAAACAAGUAGACAUGGCUGACAGUUUCUAUGUCUGCCUAGAGGUAAACAACUUGCUCAUUGAAGGAAGUGAGGAAAUACACAUUGCUCCAUGAAACACUGUGACUUCUGGUCAGCAAGGACAGGCAGGAAAGAGUAAUGCAGGAAGUCAGAGCAGAGCCCUUCUGAGCAAGACAGAAGAGCUUUCCUGCAACCAGAAUUCCCCAAACCAACUACAUAAUCUGAAAAACAGCAGACACCUUAGACCUAUUCAAAUUAAAGGAUCUUCUUUUUCUGGUGUUACGAAUGUAUAAAUUUUGAAUGUAUAAGUGACAUCCAGAGGUAUUGCAUGCUUAUUAAAAGGUCAAUAAUUUCUCCAACUUUUUAUGUCCUUGAGAAAGAUCAUGACCUCAGUAUUUUUCCCCCUAGAGCAGGACAGUUGCAUGCCUUUGGCGUGCCUUAUUUACAGACUGUGGUAUUUUGUGACUGGAAAUAAGAAGCAGUAUGCAUAGUAUUUGCAGUUCUGCUUUUGUUUUUAUGGAGAUCAUUUUCAAAGGAAAAGAUGGAAUUAUAUAGUCCUAAUACUUUUCUAGUGCAGUCCUUAACUAGAUGAGAUUGUGAGUGGUCAUAAGGCCAGUAGUGAUUAAUAAUAUUGGAAUUUAAUAGUCAAGAUUUAGAAAUAUUUUUUUCUCGUUUUUUGCAUUUAGUUUAGAAUACUCUUCUUGACAUUGAAUGUGAAAUACACUUUCUGUAGCUUGAAUACAUUCCUUUUUCUCCUGUCAGCUUGAACUAGCUCUUUCAUUGUUUACAUCUUUUUAAUAUAUGUAUAACACCCAUUUUUUUCACAACUGGGUUUUUAAAGAACUGUAGCUCCACUUUGAAAAAUUUUGUCAAUCUGUCAAUUUUAAUUAAGAUGCAGCUACAAGUAUUGGUCUGGCUAUUUCUGUUGUGAAUGAGCAGCUGUCAAUCUUUGACCUCUCCAUUUCUUUUACUCACUAGGACUCGGAAGCCUGAACCUAAUGUUAUUGCCACAGCUUUAUGUAAUGGUGAGAUUCAUCAGGAUUAUUUCCAUCAGUAGCAUUCUGUAACAACCUGCCAAAUUAUUUUGGAUUCCUUCCUUUUCUUUUUAAAGCAAAAAACAAAUGAUGUCACCAUGUUAUACUCCAGUUCUACAUCUUAAUUUACCUUCAAGAUCACUACAGAUAUUUUAUCUGCAUUUUCAGCACGUUUUGUUUUUUUCUUGUAAUAUCUGAUUUCAGCACUAAGGUGCUGCAUGGGGAUACACUACAUGAAAGGACUGAUAUAAACUUUUAUUCAGGAGAGCACAAAGCACUCUUGGUUUGAUUUUCUUACUCUUGACACUAGACUCCUUUUAGUCUUCCCUUGUCUGACUUUUGUAGUAUCACAAAUUCCAUUACUGAAUGUUUAGUUCCAAAGCUUUAGCUCUAUCAUUGUCAACAUAUAUAAUCACCUGAAGGAAAACAUAUCAUUAUGACAGAUCGUGGAAACUGUAUAUUUAAAUGUAGACUUUUCUUGUAAAGAUUGUUUACAAAUGACAAGGAGUCUUUCUCAAAGCAUAUGGCAUAUUUACCAUAUUACAAUUGUAAAGCUUAAUGCACCUCUUGCCUUAGUUUCACUAGUAGGAAAAUUCUGCUUUCAGUUGCUAUUAAACUCCUUUUCACUACAUUCCAGACACUGAUUCCAUUUAUAAGUUUCUUGGGAGUCUUGUUGCUAGUCUGCUUUUUUAAAGACACUGAGCAGAGAUACCUUGCUCAGAAGGACUGAAAUGUAAGAUCACAAAUAGACUUGUUCACUAUGCUUAAAAUUAAGUGCAUUGAUUUAAAUAGUACUUUUUACUUACAUUUACUUUUUUUUGCAGAAUCAGAAUAAUAUGUUCAUAUGUUUUAUGCUUGCAAAUACUCUGCAAUUUUUGAUUCUGUAAAUCAUUAUGUAUUUUAAGCCUGCAUAUCUUUCCAGACAGACUUGUGCAACUCAGCUUUUCUUUACCUCCUGCUGCUCCAUAAGGAUGUAUCUUAUAUGGAAAGAGAUUUGCCAUCUAAAAGUUUGGCAUCCAGCUUAGGAGCUCUAAAUGCUUUCUGGAGGUUCAUACCUUGUGAGCUAUUUCAAAACUAUGGCUCCCCAGACUGAGUUUGGAAUCACUGUCAUCAUUAGAGCAAACAUAAGUGAUAAGUAUACUGUUUUACAAAUUGUAAGACUCUUUCCAUGUCAGAUCAUAUGUAAACAUUCAAGCUGAUAUGCCACACAUUAAGAGCAUAUCUAAGCAUAAAAGAAUAAAAGGUGUUCAAUGUGUCUAAAAUUCAGAAUAAAAUCUGUAACCCUUAUCAAUACUAAAAAUUAAAAUUGUUUGUAAACUCUUUUCCCCGAACUAACAGGUAUGAAAAAUUCUUACUAAGCUUUAUCCACAGAAGGUUUUCUGAUUAAUAAGUGUGUUCUCUCCAUCUGUCAAACUUUUUGUUCAUAUCCAUUGUUUUUUUAAAUCAAAGUCCUUAAAGUCUUUUUGUUCUUUUAUUAAUAAUUAUUAAGGGGUGACAAAAUAAUUAUCAAGAGGUUACAAGCAAUGAAAUAGAGGGGAAGGUAGGAAGGAGGUAACACUUAUGUGUGUCAUUUUCAGAAUUCCACCUCUGUAUCAGCAUAUCUGAAUGCUCAGGUUGAAAUGAACACAAAUUUUAGCCAGCACUCCUGGCUACCCAGGUCCAAGCCAGCCCUAGCCUGGGAAGAGCACUGCCAUAUCUGAAAAGUUCUGAGGUGGAGCUUACACGCACUCAAAUCCAACCAUUUAUGUGUGUGAAAAUUAAUGUCCACAGAGCCUUAUAUGUGCAUAAUAAAAUUAACCUACAGCUGUCAAUUAGGCCUUACAAAUGUGGUCCUAUAACUGUUGGCACAAAUUCAGAGAAAACUGUGUUAUAAUUUAUAUUAGCCUUUUUAUUCUGAACCUUUUAAGGGGUGUCUGUAAGAUCUUAUCUCUCUUCAUGACUGAGAGAAUAAGGAAGAAGAGAUGCUUAGAAGAUGCUUUGCAGUCAGGUAUGCAUAGGAUUAGCUCUGACUUGCCUGAGUAUCUCACUGCACAUCGACUUUGGUCCAGAAACCACAGGGUUUUAUUCACUCCAGAAAGAAUAGGUUUCUCUCACUAUAGAGGGAGUUAGCACAGCACUGAGCAAAUAAGUCCUGUCUCUCAAGAGCUGCCCAGUGUGCAAGAUGAUAGUAAUAAAUAGGAGAGGAGGAUUGUGAUAAUUUAUGCAACACUGCUCUAGACUUACGACUUAGCACAGCAUCAAGCCCAAUGCAGACACUUGAUUCCUUGCCAAGAAUUGCUUGCAGCUGGACAAUACAGCACAUGGUUGGAGCAGGUGGCAGUGUCGUCUGGACUAGGGUAUGUAGACAUCCUAAAAUGGAGGCAGUUACCAGAAUUAGCAUCACCAUACUGCUAUAUAUUAGAUUUCAUUACAGUCAUAUAGCUGAAGAUCUAUUAGAUAAAUAAAUUUCAGACCUUUAUGUGAAGAAGAUUCCCCUGCAGAAGUUUGCGAAGCUUUUCUGCACUUGAAGGAUAUGCAACACAGUGUCAGUGAAAGGAAAAACAUAAGCUACAGUCUUGAACCUGUUGCAAACUAGCAUGGCAAGUAACAAAAUUAGAUGGAGAACUGAAGCUUUGUGCUGAUUUCGCUUUCAUUCAGAUUCACUUAAAUCCAUUAGUAUCUUCAAAUAUUUAGGAGAACCUAUACUGUUUUCAAUUAUACAUGAAGCGAGCUACAAGCUUUUAGUUAGAUUAAAAGGUUCUACUUAAAGACUAUGCCUAGUCUGACCUACUGUUCCCUUUCUAACCUGAAUUUCAAAGUACAUUGAGUCUAAAGGGGACAUGCAUAUUCUCCUAUGUGGGUUACAGCAAAGUUGAUCUCUAAACAAAAAAGCAUCUUCAGUCCAAAUAAACAACCAACCGUCAUAUAGCACCAGCAUAAUGAUGGAGUUAAAAUGUUCAAUUCAGAGCUUAGAAAAGGUUUAUGUGAAGCCUCACUCAGGUAUGAAGUUCAUGGGGAUCAAUGAAAUGUAAGAGACUGUGCAAUUAUAUUUCCUGAAAAUUGAUUAUAGGGACACACUGUUUGUGUUUAAUACCAGCUUAUCGCCUUAUAUGGAGAAGUUCUCCAAAUGUGAGUAAUAUGAAGACUGAUCAUCACACAGAAAUAAAGCAGGAUUUUUUUUAAAAAAGAACUCCAAACUCUAAUAGAAAUGUGGCGAUCUGAAAGAGAUUGUGCUAGACUAUUCUCUUAAAAGGCCCCUAACCUCCACAGGCUAAUAUAAAUUGCAAGACAUGAGGUUUCAAGUGGUUUCAAGCAAAAAUUAAACAAAAAAUAUAUCUCAGGAAUAGUUUGGGACUUACAAAACAUCACUGUUUUUGUGCUCAGUACCACAAAUCUACACAAAAUGAAAUCUGGCAGAUCAGUUUUCCUGAUGGAGGAGUUAGGAUGAUAAUCACAUGAACAUGACAUGCAGGUAGGAGAAUAAGAAAUCUAACUUGGAACCACUCUUUAAUUUAACCCAUAGUUUCAAAUAUUAUGGCACCCUGGGUAGUAUAAUAGUAACAAUUAGAGCUCCAAUUUUAUUUUUUUUUCCUAACACUUAGCACAAAUGAAUGCACUUUGGGUAAGGGGCCUCUGAAGGGCACAUGCUACCCCCUCCAUUGUUGUAGCACACUCUCAAUCUUUUGCUCUGUGCUUAUUCCUCCUGCAGCUGCUGAGCACUGAGAACUGUGGUUGCCUCUGUCAGCAUCCCUGGUACAAAGCUGCCCAGACUGAUCUGAAAGGAGGUGGCCCUGGGGCACCUGAGAGGCCACUGGCCCAGCGCCUGUUACUGGAGAGAGCAGAUAGCAGCACCCAACCUGAAGGUGGCCGUGGCCCCUCAGUGGGGCAGCAGUGUGUAACCUCUGUUCUUCCUCCCACACCACUGUAUCACUGCAUUCUUCUGUUUCUUAAACAAUCUAAUAGACUGAAGAAUGCUUUUCUUAUCACAUCUGAAAUGUGAUAAGAAGUCAGUCAUUGUGACAGGCUGUGCUACCACUGUGAAGAAAGCACAGGCUCUGCUUCUCCACUGUAGGCAAGAACAAUGCUGUGACACUCAGCGGGACUCUGUAUGACAAUGGCCUACUUUCAAGAUAGAAACCAAUAACACUCCACCAGCUUCAGUUAUCAGGAUUCAAGCAGAAUAAACAUUAGAAAAGUGUUCUGGCUUGGCAAUGAGAUUUGGAAUCUUAGCUUCUCAGUAGUUAAAAUUAAAUCUACUUAAAAAAAAAAAAAACAAAAAACAAAAAACAACCAAAAAAAAAAC